AUGGCUGCUAAUCCUCAUACUUCUGAAAUGGUGGCUCAGGAAACUAAUUCUAUUCAACAAUUGAAAUAUUGGAGGUCUGUUCAAGAAAGCAUAUACAAACAGAAAUCCAGAAUUGAUUGGGUUCAGCUGGGUGGCCCAAAUACAAAGUAUUUCUUCUGUAUGAUGAAGCACAGGCAAGCCAGGAACAGAAUUGACACUAUUCUGACUGAUCAACAUGUUCUGUUAAAGAAACUUGCUGAUGUUGAGAGAGAAGUUGUGGGUUUCUAUAAGAAAUUUAUGGGCUCUAGUUCUCCUUCUCUUGAAGCUAUUGACCUGUUGACUAUGAGAAAUGGAAGACAACUCUCAGUGGAUUCUCAGAAUAUUCUUAUCGCUCUUAUUACUGUUAGUGAGAUUGAUUCUGCUAUUCAAAGAAUCUAUGAUGAGAAAGCUCCAGGGUUAUGA